AUGUCAUUACUGUAAAUAACAAUUCAGGCAGUUUUAUGAAUUCGUUAGAUGUUGUAUCUCUGUGGUUUAUUUUUAAUACACUCAGUAUUGAGUUUUUCUACUCCUAUCAGAUGGGAAAAACACCACACACAAGCAGAUAUUAAAAGUAUUUUGGAAACAGUAGCAACAAAAUGUCCCGAUAUAACUAGUUUAUAUCAUUUAACGUCCGGCGACAUACAUACUACGGAGAAUGGGAACUAUUUAUUUGUCAUCGCACUAGGGAAACAUGCCAAUCAAUCUAGCAGAGUGGUUCCUAAUUUCAAAUACAUUGCUAACAUGCAUGGAGAUGAGGCUGUCGGAAGGGAGUUACUAUUGCGUUUGGCUGUUUACAUAUGUGAUGAAUACAUUUCGGGGAAUGAUUUUAUAGAAAAUCUGCUGAGUGGAACAACAAUACACAUUUUGCCAUCAAUGAAUCCUGAUGGUUGGGAAGUUGCUUCGAGAAAUAGGGAUUCUCAAUCACUUGGAAGGUACAACUCCGAAGAUGUAGACCUCAAUCGAGAUUUCCCCGAUCUAACAAGUAAAUUCUAUCAUAACUUAAAGUAUGGAGGCCCUCUGGACCACAUUGAUCCCGAUGAAAGCGAUGUAGAAAAGGCUCAGAUAGAGACGAAAAUGGUCAUGGAAUGGUUGGAGAACAUCAAUUUUGUGCUGAGUGCAAAUAUCCACGGUGGUGAUCUUGUUGCAAACUAUCCAUUCGAUGAAUCCUUAUACAAAAAUUCAUCUGAAUCUACUACACCAGAUAAUUCUAUUUUUGUCGAUCUGGCAGCAUCCUACGCCGACCAACAUUCACGGAUGAAAACAGGGAAGAAAAGGUGUUAUGAUGAAAGUAAUAAUUUCACAGACGGUAUCACCAAUGGAGCGAAAUGGUAUUCAUUAGUAGGAGGAAUGCAGGAUUACAACUAUCUGCACACUAACUGUUUCGAGAUAACUUUGGAACUUGGCUGUGAAAAAUUUCCUGAUGCCUCUGAAUUACCAAGAUAUUGGGAUGAAAAUAAAAUGGCUUUACUCAAUUAUAUACUACAAGUUCAUCGAGGCGUUAAAGGCAAUGUUUAUGGCUAUGUUGAAGACACUCUCAUCCCAAUUAAGGAUGCUGUCAUUAAGGUGACUAACAUAACCGAUCCAGCUUAUCCGGUUGCGAUACUACAUAAUAUACAUACAGAUCCCAGUGGAGCGUAUUAUCGACUUCUCACAGAAGGUAAAUAUGUGAUUACUACUCUAGCCAGAGGAUUUCUGCCUGCUGUUGCAUGUGUUCAAAUAACCCAUGUACCAUCGUUGAAGCAACCAAUUUUUAAAGCUAAAGAAAUCAACUUCCUACUGUUACCAAAAUAUCCCGAAAGAUUUCAAGAUACAACAAACAAUGCAGACAUUCCACUGAUUCCAUUGAAAGAUUUUCGUCUCAGUGGACAUUUACACGAUGUAGAAUGCUUAAAAGACUACGGUGAACAAUUCAGUACACAGAACCUAUGGUUCCAAGAUGACAAUCUGGCUUGAGAAUUCCAGUCAAACUGCACUGCCGAUGAAUACAGAGGAGAAUUAAUUAUCAAGUUAUUAUUAAUCGAAUUAUUCAGAUGUCUGAUUAAAUUUCAAUAUAUAUAUAAUAUGAGAAAUAAUAGUGUGUGAAUGAUUUCUUUUUUUCUUAUUUGUAACUUCCCUUAAAAUUAAUUUUAACCGCCUAUAAAUUAGGCUAAUAAUUUGCUAAUAUAAAAACACUAUUUAAUAAUCAAAAGUGGC